AUGACGAAGUUGCACAUUUUGGCAGCAAAGCCCCUCCCAGCAUGUCGGGAGUUUGUGGUGCAAGGCUUGUUUGACUGGGUCUCACGAGGCCUCAUCCCAAACGAAGAGGUCACAAAAUCCACAGUCCUUGGUACGUCCAAUGCGUGCGGUUUGGUUCAACUCUUCCAACUCAAGAAGCAAUGUCUGGAUUUUUGGUGCUCCAGCAUGAUGGCCCGAGCCAAGAUCGUUGAGGCUGACAGAGAAAUUCUUCAGAGAGUUUUGUCCAACCACGAAUCCUACCGCAAGGAAAUGCUUGGAGAAGCAGUGGCAUGGCAAGGACUUUUGACAAGAAGCUCUUUGGAUUGCCUGCAAUUCAUGGAGAAACUGGUCUACAACAAGCAGUUCGACAACGCUUUGAGGGGCUUGGCCAGAGGAAACAAAGGGCCAGAGGACGCGACAGAGCAUGAGCAGAUCAAAGAGGAGUGGGACAAGGUGGUGGCCUGCCGUGAGAAUGAAAUUUUGGAAGCCACCGUGAAAGACAAAAUGGAGACAGAGAACCCUGAAGGAGAGGAGGCUGACAGCGCCAUCAGCCAGAUGCGCCGGCCUGCAACUGAGUUUGUCGAGAACAGUCAGGAAUAUUGGAAUAGCCUGGCGAAUUCGACCGUGAGACGAUACAUUUCGCUUGUGGUCUUACCCAGCAGCCAAGGUCAAAUCAUUCGGACUUUACAGCAAAGUGCAUUGAAGGAAAUCAUCAUCACCGAAGGGCAAAAAUCGUGCUUGGUUUGGUUUGACAUGGACCUCAUGGGCGAGACCCCAGGAUUGAAUGCGCAAGUGGGAUUGAGACGCUUUCCUGAAGUCAAGGGAGACGGUGACUUCAAAAAUUUGCUGCAGUCUGUCAUGCUGGCCAGAGGGGCCCAGGUGAAGAGCGAUGCAGGCGAGGUCACAGUGCCAGGCAAUGGAGAAAUCAUCGCGGUGCACACUGCCGAAAGAGGAUUGCUGCAGGCAGAAGUGCGGAAGGUCUUCCGCCUCCAGGCUGCCAGACACGAAGGCACUGACUGUGAAGAAAAAUGCAUCAACGUCAUCUUCAGCGAAGAGACGGUUCGUUCCAGGAAGAAACGCAUCCGUGGAAGCGAAGCUUACACCACGUUGACAAGUAUCCAGGCAUUUAGUGCUGCUCAACUAGUGCCUGGAGUGGUGCCGGAGAAAAAGAGGAUGCACUACCCAGGAUGGAACAACGGAAACGUCGUGGGGUGGAUCGACGCUCUCCCGGCCACUGCGCUAUGGGAGUCCACCCGGGAAGUCAAGGAGAAGAUCUUGGGAAACCAAACCAUGAAGCUGAGCACGGCAGAAGCAGCUGGUCUGACAAAGGAACAGAAUGCCAUUUUGCAGAACAAACAGCGCGUUGAGAGCGUGUUUUCCGCUGCACGCUUGCCAGCAAAGUUUCAUCAAGACCUUCUUCAUUCCUUUUCAGCGGCAGCUGUCAUCGAUCUCACGCCCGGCCAAGGACACAUGUUGGAAGCGUGCCUCGAUUCACGCACGCCUGUGCUUGGGUUUGGGUUAACAGAGACCCAUUGCACCAUGUUGGAAGAAAGGCUGACGCGGUAUGUCCUAGCCCUAGAAAAGUUCAAAGAAAACGGUCACACCAUGUACCGCGAAGAUGCUGCCAAAGCACUUGGCGCAAAUGCAAGCUCUGGCACUGACCCCAAUGCCACAGAUGCUGAGCCGAAACCCAAGGCCAAACCAAAGCCUGGGCCUGAGCGAAAGAAGAACAAGGACGGCAGCGAUGCAGAAGAAGAAGAAGAGGUUUCCGAGGAAUCGCAGCCGAAACCGCCCAAGAAGAAAAAGAACAAAAAACCACAAAAAAAGAAGAAGAAUCUUCUGAGGACGGGUCUUGGUGAAUUUUGA